CUUAACAAAUUGUCUAAACACAGAAAAAGCAACACAGCGACCGAGAUCCGUGUGACACUAUAAUAAAGAUGGCAUUUCUUAAAGAGGAGAGAGAAGAAAUGAAGAUUGAAGAAACAUUAAGAAUGAAACAAGAAGAUGCUGAGGAACAAACAAUGUUGUUUAUUAAAGAGGAGAGUGAAGAUAUGAAUAUUGAAGAAACAUUCAGUGUGAAACAUGAAGAUACGGAGGAACAAACAGACCUGAUGCUACUGAAAGAGGAGAGUGAAGUACUAGAUGAAAUGGAAAAAGACCAGUAUGAGAAACAUCAUGAUUUCACCACUGAAGAAAGAUUUAGUUGCUCACAGACUGAAAAUUCAUCCUCACUAAAAAGAGCUUUUAAAACAGAAACUAUAAGUUACUUCAACUGCCAGGAGUGUGGACAGAGUUUUACUAAAAAAGCAAACCUUAAAAUCCACAUGAACAUUCACACCGGUGAGAAGCCAUUUACCUGCCUUCAGUGUGGAAAGAGUUUCACUCAAAAAGGAAGCUUUAACAGGCACAUGAGAAUUCACACCGGAGAGAAGCCUUACCCCUGCCACCAGUGCGGAAAGGGCUUCACAGCAGAACUAAACUUAAGAUGUCACAUGAACCUUCACACUGGAGAGAAGCCAUUCACGUGUGAUCAGUGUGGAAAGAGUUUCAGACAUAAAGUGACCCUUAAUAAUCACAGGAGGAUUCAUUCAAGAGAGAACUGUUUUAUUUGUCAUCAGUGUGGAAUGAGUUUCACAGACAGCGAUCACCUUAAGAAUCAUGUAUUAACUCACACUGGAGAGAAACCUUUCAUGUGCCAUUAUUGUGGAAAGACUUGCUCAAACCAAACAAGCCUUAAGACUCAUGUGAGAAUUCACACUGGAGAAAAGCCUUUCACCUGCCGUCAGUGUGGAAAGAGUUUCACAGUUAAAUUAAGCCUUGAGAGGCACAUAAGAGUUCACACUGGAGAAAAGCCUUUCAAGUGUCUUCAAUGUAAAAAGAGUUUCACAUAUCAAAAGGACCUGAAGCGUCAUUUGCAAACUCAUCCUGUAAAUACAUUGCAGUGUUCUUCAGUGUGA